AUGCAAACAAUGCAGCAGUUUUGCCUGAGGUGGAAUAAUCAUCAGCCCAAUUUCAUAUCUGUAUUCACAACAUUGUUAACCGAUGAGACACUUGUUGAUGUCACUCUUGCAUGUGAAGGAAAACACCUUCAAGCACAUCGAGUGGUGCUGUCAGCUUGUAGUGCCUAUUUUCAGUCUUUGUUUACUUCUAAUCCUUGUCAACAUCCGAUUGUUAUUUUAAAAGAUAUAAAAUUCAGUGAUUUAAAAACAAUGGUAGAUUUUAUGUAUUAUGGUGAAGUCAAUGUUUCCCAAGAACAAUUGCCAGCUAUAUUAAAAAUUGCUGAAAUGCUUAAAAUAAAAGGACUUGCCGAUAUGCCAAGUAUGUCUGAGCCUUUGGUUGGACAUCUAGGUGUUAAAGACAUAAGAAGAAGCGUUUCACCAAUGUCGCCAUCUUCGAAAAGAAAAAGACUUAGAAAAUCAUCUACUGGAUCUGGAUCUGGCUCAACAGAACAAACAUCUGAAGAACUUUUAAAUGAAGGAACAUCUGUACAUUCACCCUUGGUAAAAACAGAGCACACAAAUGACGGACAGCGUACUCACAGCCGAUUAUCGUUAAGAAACAGUAAUCAACAACACAGUACAGAUUCAGAACCUAGAGAAGGGUCUCAGGAUAGUGGAGCUGAAGAAUAUAAGAGACAAGCUUCAAACGAAAGUCGCCAAUUAUCAUUUGAAAAUCGUCAAAUAUCUAUUGAAAGUAGACAAUUAUCUCAUGACAGUCGUCAAGGUUCAUUGGAAAAUAAACAAUUGUCGGUAGAAAGUACAAAACAGACACUGAAAGUAGAAAAAGAAGUUUCACGUGAAAGUAGACUUUCCCAAGAAAGCAGUUGUGAAUCAGUAAAAACAGAUACAGAAACAAAUAUUACCGUGUCAACCUUUGCCCAGGUUAAAGUUGGCACUAAAAGAGGGAGGCUUUUAAUGAGACAACAGCGAAUCAAAAAGGAAAGCGAUGCUCAUACUUCUCCAGAUAGCGAUCCCGGCUCUCCAAGUUUUCCAACAAUGACAUUAAGCAUUCCGGGUCAACCUUUAAGGCAAAGAUCGGAGCCUACUCCCUCAUCUCAGUCACAUUCUCCACCUUUUCAAUCAUCCAGUUCAAAUUUAUUGGCUGUUCCGCAACCAAAUUUUCCUGUAAGGCAACAUUCAUAUCCUUCACAAUCGCCCCCCAUACCAGCUGGAGCUGUUUACGUUCACCGUCAUUCUCAAACACCGACCAUUGUCAAAUGUGUAUCGACAACAACCGAAGAAUCCUCGCGAACAACCAGCAGUCCGUCCAUUGUUAUGGAAACCGUUCCCAUAGUCCGUAUUUUUUCUGAAUCAAAUUUAACCAAAACAAAUUCUUUAAUUCUUCAACAACGAGCAGAAGAUUUAAAAGCCAUUACGGAAACGGCCGAAGUUAGUAGAUCUGGGCAUUGUCCGGUGUUGAGAGCAGGUCCGGCAUUGGGUUGUAACUUUUGCUGGAACACAAUCGAUUCUCACGGAAGGAUUUUGAGGCGUAAAACUAAAUAUUAUUGUCCGGAGUGUCAGAUUAAUCUCUGCAUCGUUCCAUGUUUUCAACAGUACCAUUCGACACACGUUGAAAGUUCUGUAAAAUCCGAACAAUCAUCUCCAUCUUGA